AUGGCUACACCGAGCUCGGCAUUGCGGCCGCUCUCGCGGACAGUUCUAUCUGCGCCGUCACGGCUCCGAGCUACCUUACCUCUCCUAGCUGGUCAACAACACAAUCGCUUCGAUCCCUCAUUACCAUCCCUUGCCUCCACCUCGCCGUCACCGUUGUCCUGUUUACCCUACAGCCAGGCCAGACACAGCUCCUGGUCUGCUCCCACCCCGACGAAUGUGCGCAAGAAGGUCACCAUCCAGACAUUACAAACCCUUUAUAAGAAAGGGGAGCCAAUCACUAUGAUCACGGCGCACGACUUCCCUAGUGGCCAUGUUGCCGAUGUCUCGGGCAUGGAUGUGAUUCUGGUCGGAGAUAGCUUGGGGAUGGUGGCGAUGGGCCUGGAUAACACAAGCGAGGUAAUUAUGGAGGAGAUGCUGUUGCAUUGUCGGAGUGUAGCUCGGGCAACGAAGAGCGCCUUUACUAUUGCGGAUCUGCCCAUGGGUUCGUACGAGAUUUCCCCCGAGCAGGCUAUGGAGUCUGCCAUCCGCCUUGUCAAGGAAGGCCGCGUACAGGGCGUCAAGAUCGAAGGAGGCGAGGAGAUUGCCCCGACCAUCAAACGCAUGACCCAGGCCGGUCUGCCCGUCGUCGGUCAUGUGGGCCUUACCCCCCAACGACAGAACUCGCUUGGUGGUUUCCGCGUCCAAGGAAAGACCGCUAAGAGUGCGUUGAAGCUGCUUCAUGAUGCCAUCGCCAUGCAAGAGGCCGGGGCGUUUAUGCUUGUCCUGGAGGCGAUGCCGCCUGAGGUGGCCACGAUCAUUACCCAGAGACUCCGGAUCCCCACCAUUGGCAUUGGGGCUGGCAAUGGCUGCUCGGGCCAGGUUUUGGUGCAGGUCGACAUGACCGGCUACUUCCAACCAGGCCGCUUCGUGCCUAAGUUUGUAAAGCAGUUUGCCGAUGUUUGGGGCGAGGCAUCGCGGGGGAUUGCCCAGUACCGGGAGGAGGUCAAGAGCCGGGCUUUCCCGUCGCAAGAACACACCUAUCCUAUCUCACCAGAAGAGCUGGCCAAGCUUGAAAAGACCCUGGACGAGGGACCCUAA